AAAAAAAAACCUCAAUUUUAAAGUGGAAAGGUAAAUUAAAUGCAGGCGAGACUCAAUUAUGGUAAGAACAACAAAAAAGUGACGAUGGGGGAAUGUCUGACAUUUGGAAAACAUGGUCCUAAAAGAAGAAGGUACAGAGAAGAUUCUGAGAUCUGGAAGUUCUGGAUUUAAAAAUCAUCCUGUUGCCAGUUUCAGUCAUUCAUUCCCCAUUUAGUACAAUAAUAUUUUCAAAAAAAUCUUUUCUUUGAUUUUGCAGAUUCUGUAAAGAAAUUGGGAGUUGAAGAUUUAAGAAGAAGAUGUUGUUUUAAAAUAUUCUGACAUAAUUUAAAGAAUGAUGCCAGAAACUUAAAAAGGCCCUGCAUGGAGAGGCGGGGCCCUGGAGGGAUGGCCCUAAAUCCUGCUUGCCCCUCCGCGGGGAGGACACAUGCCGCUGAAGAUGAAUUUGGGAAAAGUAGCCGCUUGCUACUUUAACCAUGGAAAAGCAGGGCCACAGUGAGAUGGAAAUAAUCCUGCCAGAUUCUCACUCCUACAUUAAAUUGUUGAAAAUCAACCGGGAACUUCUGGUCACGCACAUCCGUAACACUCAGUGUCUGGUGGACAACUUGCUGAAGAAUGACUACUUCUCAGCCGAGGACGCGGAGAUCGUGUGUGCCUGCCCCACCCAGCCCGACAAGGUCCGCAAAAUUCUGGACCUGGUGCAGAGCAAGGGUGAGGAAGUGUCUGAAUUCUUCCUCCACGUGCUCCAGCAACUCACGGAUGCUUACGUGGACCUCAGGCCCUGGCUGUCAGAGAUCGGCUUCUCCCCUUCCCCGCUCAUUCGGGGCAAAACUGUGCUCAACACCGACCCAGUGAGCAGGUACACCCAGCAGCUGCGACACCACCUCAGCAGGGACUCCAAGUUCACGUUGUGCUAUGGCCAGAAGGAGGAGCUGCUGCUGGAGGAGACCUACACCGACACCAUCAUGGAGCUGGUCGACUUCAACAACGAGAGCCUGGGCAGCCUGGGCGGCCUGGCCUGCCUCCUGGACCACGCCACGGGCGUCCUGGACGAGCAGGGCGAGACGGUCUUCAUCUCGGGCGACGCAGGCGUGGGUAAGUCCAUGCUGCUGCAGCGGCUGCAGAGCCUCUGGGCCACCGGCCAGCUGGACGUGGGGGUCAAGUUCUUCUUCCACUUCCGCUGCCGCGUGUUCAGCUGCUUCAAGGAAAGCGACACGCUGUGUCUGCAGGAUCUGCUCUUCAAGCACUACUGCUACCCAGAGCAGGACCCCGAGGAGGUGUUCGCCUUCCUGCUGCGCUUUCCCCACGUGGCCCUCUUCACCUUUGACGGCCUGGACGAGCUGCACUCGGACUUGGACCUGAGCCGCCUGCCCGACAGCUCCUGCCCCUGGGAGCCCGCCCACCCGCUGGUCCUGCUGGCCAACCUGCUCAGCGGGAAGCUGCUCAAGGGCGCCAGCAAGGUGCUCACGGCCCGCACGGGCGUCGAGGUCCCGCGCCAGCUCCUGCGGAAGAAGGUGGUCCUCCGCGGCUUCUCGCCCUGCCACCUGCGGACCUACGCCAGGAGGAUGUUCCCCGAGCGGGCGGUGCAGGACCGCCUGCUGAACCAGCUGGAGGCCAACCCCAACCUCUGCAGCCUGUGCGCUGUGCCCCUCUUCUGCUGGAUCAUCUUCCAGUGCUUCCGGCACUUCCACACCGCCUUCGAAGGCCCGCCGCAGCUGCCCGGCUGCGCGGUGACCCUGACCGACGUCUUCCUGCUGGUCACCGAGGUCCACCUGAACAGGAUGCAGCCCAGCAGCCUGGUGCAGCGGAACACGCGCAGCCAGGCGGAGACCUUCCGCGCCGGCCGCGGCACCCUGUGCUCGCUGGGGCAGGUGGCCCACUCGGGCAUGGACAGGAGCCUCUUCGUCUUCAGCCAGGAGGAGGUGCAGGCCUCUGAGCUGCAGGAGGGAGACCUGCAGCUGGGCCUCCUGCGCGCUCUGCCGGAGCCGGGGCCCGGAGGGGACCGGCAGUCCUACGAGUUUUUCCACCUCACCCUCCAGGCCUUCUUCACGGCCCUCUUUCUCGUGGUGGACGCCAAGGUGGGCACUCAUGAGCUGCUCAGGUUCUUCCGGGAGUGGACGCCUCCCGGGGAGGCCGUGGCGGCGUCCUGCUAUCCCUUCCAGUGCCUGGGCGGGGGCCGCCUGGCCGGGGAAGACCCUUUCAAGAACAAGGACCACUUUCAGUUCACCAACCUGUUCCUGUGCGGGCUGCUGUCCAAAGGCAAACAGAAGCUCCUGCGGCACCUGGUGCCCGCCGCCGCCCUGAGGCGGAAGCGCAAGGCCCUGUGGGCGCACCUGUUCGCCAGCCUGCGCUCCUACCUGAAGCACCUGCCCCGCGUCCAGAGCGAGCACUUCAACCAGGUGCAGGCCAUGCCCACCUUCAUCUGGAUGCUGCGCUGCAUCUACGAGACGCAGAGCCAGAAGGUGGGGCAGCUGGCGGCCAGGGGCAUCUGCGCCAACUACCUCAAGCUGACCUACUGCAACGCCUGCUCGGCCGACUGCAGCGCCCUCUCCUUCGUGCUGCACCACACCCGCAGCCGCCUCGCCCUGGACCUGGACAACAACAACCUCAACGACUACGGCGUGCGCGAGCUGCGGCCCUGCUUCAGCCGCCUCACCGUGGUCAGACUCAGCGUCAACCGGAUCACCGACGACGGCGUCAAGGUGCUGCACGAGGAGCUGACCAAGUACCGAAUCCUGACCUAUUUGGGUUUAUACAACAACCAGAUCACUGAUGUCGGAGCCAGGUACAUCUCCCAAAUCCUGGAUGAAUGCAAAGGCCUCACGCACCUGAAACUGGGAAAAAACAAAAUAACGAGCGAAGGAGGGAAGUGUCUCGCCCUGGCUGUGAAGAACAGCAAAUCGAUCUUUGAGAUUGGGAUGUGGGGCAAUCAGCUCGGGGACGAAGGGGCGAAGGCCUUCGCCGAGGCUCUGAGGAACCACCCCAGCCUGACCAACCUGAGUCUCGCAUUCAACGGCAUCACCACAGAAGGAGGCAAGAGCCUGGCGCGGGCCCUGCGGCAGAACGCGUGUCUGAAGAUAUUCUGGCUGACCAAAAAUGAACUCAACGAUGAAGUGGCAGAGAGUAUGGCAGAGAUGUUGAAAGUCAACCAGACGUUGAAACAUUUAUGGCUUAUCCAGAAUCAGAUCACAGCCAAGGGGCUCGCCCAGCUGGCGGAUGCGUUGCAGAGCAACACUGGCAUCAUGGAGAUUUGCCUAAAUGGGAACUUGAUACAGCGAGAGGAAGCCAAAGUCUUUGAAGACGAGAAGCGGCUGGUCUGUUUCUGAGACGCUGCUUUCCUGUGUUUGGGGUCUUUGCCCGGGGAGGCCCUGAGCGGCAAGUGUGUGUGCGGCCGGGCGCCUCCUGUCGGGUGUCUUCCCCGGCCCGCCGAGGGGGACUGCCAACCUCCUGCGCAGAGCGAGGGGCAGGAGACUUUGAGGAC